AUGCCUGUCAACACCAUUUCUCUUGCUUGUCUUCAUGACUUGACAUCCUUUGAUGUUGUCCCCCACAUUACAGAUGUUGUUCAAGAGUGGAUUGAGCGUGUAACAGUUAUUCCUGUGGAUGGGAAAGAAGGCCUAGCUGACGUAUGUGUCAUAGAACUGGGCGGAAUGAUAGCUGGAAUUGACUUUGAAGUGAGCUCUAGAUCCAUCACACAAUUAAUCUUCUUCCCAUUCUUUUUCACAGGCACAGGCAACUUCUGUCUCAUUUAUGUCAGUCUUGUUCCUGUUUUGAAUGUCGUUGGUGAACAGAAAACAAAGCCAACUCAGCACAGUGUUCGGGGACUGCGAGGACUGGGAUUGACUCCACAUAUCUUAGCUUGUCGCAGUGCUACGGCACUUGAUGAAAAUGUCAAAGAAAAAUUGUCACAGUUUUGCCAUGUUCCGGCGGCAAACAUCAUCAUCCUUCAUGAUGUUUCAAACAUUUGGCACAUUCCUUUGCUAUUAAGGAACCAGAAGGCACAUGAAGCUAUUUUGAAAGUGCUGAACCUUCUAUGCAGGGUUACUAGGGAGCCCAUAUUGGAGGAAUGGACCAGCAGGGCUGGACUCUGUGACAGGUUGCAUGAUCCUGUACGUCUCAGACAUUUUUCAUGUCAGAAUUGCAAUGGUCGGAAAAUAUACUGGCCUUUCAGAUUCUUACCUCUCUGUGUUGAAGGUGAAUGCUUUUGUCACUCUGUAUUUCCACUUUCCAGAGCAUUGAGGCAGUUGCUGUUCAUGCCUUAUUUCCAUACGCAGUUGUUGUCCAUCCCGUUUUACUGUAAAUUACUGUCAGUGUGUUGGCUGUCCAUCCCUUAAAAUCGAUAGUUUCCAGGUACCUGAUCCGGUGAUUGUUGGAAGGUGAUAAAACAUUGUUGGUUUUGUAAAUAUUGCAGUAGAAUAUUGAGGAUAGGAACCCACAUAAAUGCGUAGCAUGUAUAUUUAAUCUAAGUAGUUUGGGGCCUUUUUCAUUCCAAAAGAAUGACAGAAGAUAGUCCGUUGUGUUCAAGUAAGUUUCACACUCAAAAUGAUUGUUCUUCUUCCUUGGGAAUAAGUUUCAACA